GCCGCGCUGCCGGAGCGCUUUCCGCCGCCGUUUGUCUCCCGUCUCUUCCCGUUCGCGGGAGCAGCUGCUGCUGCGCAGCCCCUUCCCCGCCCGCCCGGUCGCUCCAGUGCCGUCGCCUCCUCCUCGCAGCCUCGCACGGCGCGGCCCGUAAAUCUUGGAAGAUGUUAUAGAGAAGGAGGAUGUUUACAUCAGUUCAAAUGCCGGUCAACAUACAGAGCUGCAAAAUCCCAAGCUGACAUAAUGAACAACCAAGAGGCUGGUGUUCUCUAUUGCUGGAGAUGUAGAAAAUAUAUAGAAAAUUCUGUUUUUCUUGCAAAAUGUAGUGAGAAAAAAACAUCCCAAAUAUCACAACCUUCAGCGGCUGCUCAGAAUUCUUGCAAUGUAUGGCAUGUGAGCUUAGAAGCCAUUCCAGAGUGGGUGAAAUGUGUGAUUGAAAAGGCACAGUGGACAAUUGGAAAACUGCACUGUCCAUUCUGUGAGGCCUGCUUAGGUGGCUUUAACUUUGUUUGCAACAAAGAAUGUUCCUGUGGACAGUUAGUAAAUAUACAUUUCUUCAAAACUUGGACUGAGGAUCAGCCACCUUUCUCUGUUAAAUUGUCAAAAUCAUCAGAGAAACAUUUGCUUCUCAAAAUUCAGUCUGGUUUUAACAAGUAUACCUGCCAUGAAGUGGUAACUGCAACUUUGAAAAUCAUAAAUCAAGGGCUUUCAUACACAGCCGGAAGUAAUAAUGGUGCUGGAAGAUUAACAGAAGCACUUUGUCUAGAAUUAAGAGCUCCUAGAUAUGAGAUAGAAAGUAAAAAACUUCCCUUAAAAACAUUAAAUCAAAAAAGAAAUCUUCCUUCUUCGUAUCCUAUCAAAGAUUCAUGCACUGUAAAACCUUUUCACAGAUCAUGUAGCUUGGAUUUAAAUAUCAGAGAAAGACUUUUUUUGUCACCUGUGUUAUAUGAAACUUGCGGCAUGGGACCACUUUACCACGGCCAAAGUGAAAAUGCACCUGCUUAUGUACAAGGGAGCUUGCAAUUAGAGGCCAGUAGAAAAGGUGGUAGUUCUUUUCAGGAUCUUUAUAGUUCCAGGGCUGAGAUACUACAAAAACAAUUUCAAGUUACUUCUGUUACCACAUUACUACACAGAGACACUGAAAGUGAGUGUGACUUUGAAGUUACUGGACAAUCUUCUGGUACUGUCAUUGCUGAUGGGUCACCAUUUGUGAUGAAUCUUUCCUCGCCUACAAGAGCUGUAGAAGACAAACAGUACAUCACACCUGGUGGUCUUGUGCAGCCUACGAGUAUCUCCUUCAACCAAAAGCUGAGUAAAAGAGAAAGACACAAGUCAAAAAGCCUGAGGAGAAAACAAAGGCGAGAACAAUGUCUACUGAAGCAACCUGCAAAUGAUAACCUGCAUACAGAUGAUGAGCAGGAACUCAGAGGAGAUAAAGAAAGCUAUCUCUGUGCUGUGUGUCUGGAUGUUUAUUUCAACCCUUACAUGUGCUAUCCAUGCCACCAUAUCUUUUGUGAACCUUGUUUAAGGAUGCUUGCCAAAGACAAUCCAACCAGCACUCCAUGUCCACUGUGUCGCACUACAAUUGCCAGAGUUUUUUUCCAAACAGAUCUGAAUAACUCUACCAGAUCUUUUUUCCCUGUGGAAUAUUUGAAUUUAAAGGAAAAUUUUCAAAAAUCCAAUUCUGCUAAAUGGCCUCUACCAAGCUGCAAGAAAGCAUUCAGAGUUUUUGAAGCAGGUUUUCGAAGGCGCUCAAAUACUGUGACCAGGAGGCAUUUCCCACAUGCUGCUCACAGGAUGGACUUCAUGGACUUCGAUGAUGAUAGCCGUGGAUGGCGGUUUGAUAUGGACUUGGUGGUCAUAUACAUUUAUUCAGUCAACUGGAUAAUAGGAUUUAUUGUUUUCUGUUUCCUUUGUUAUUUCUUUUUCCCUCUUUAGGCUGUAGAAAUAACAGUUAAGGAAAACGAGAGUCAUGGGAACAGAAAAAUUGUGAAUAGAAAAAUAUUGAAAAAAGGUUAAAAUAUUUGAUACUGCAUUUUUAUCAUUCAGAAUUGGAAUAGACUGCAUCAAGCAUGCUGUGCAGCUGUUUGUUACUUCUCCUAUAUGUGACAAAGUACUUGAGUUUGGUUACAAAUGUAAUGUGAAAUCCACAUCAUACUUCAUUCAGUGGGAGUUUUGCCUUUUGGAAAUUUUGAUGGGGAAAGAAUUUACCCCUAAUUUAUAAAGUGAUUACUCUGUAGAAGUACUCCCAGUUUUAGGGAAGUCUGUGUACUACAAAAGAAUGUAAUCUAUAGAGUCAUUUAGGGGUUUCACUCUAUGUUGACACACUUCACUCACUCAUUGAUGCAUCAAUUCCUCAUACAUAAAGCAAUAAAGAUGCUUCCAUUUUUACUCAGAUCCUUUGGGAGCAGGAGAAGUGCUGUACCAUGCAUUGUGCAGACAUUCAUCAGAGCUAUUUCAGUGCCAUGAUCCAAAUCCUGGAAAAUUUUGACAACUGAUAGACCUGUCAGCAUUCCACUGUGAUAUUUUGAGCCUAUUAACCAAAAAGAAAAAUUACACUGCAGUGUGCUGCCAGUUCAUCUUUUCUGCAAAUAUUAAUCAAAAGGAAUCAACUAACAACCACAAGUUCUGCACAGUAAGAGGACCAUUUUUGUGCAGAUUCCCACUGUAGCACCAUACCUUUUUUACCCAUUCAGAUAAGUGUGUUUGGAUCCAGCAAGACUAAUGGCAGGCAAGCAGCAGGCCUGUUGGCUAUGAUGCUGUUAGACACUGACCCAAAUAAACACUGGAGACAGAAACAUUCUCCAGUAUAAGAAAUCAGUAUCAUUAUUAAAUUGCUGUAAAAAUUGAGGAUACUUUUAAAUGUGGGCUCUCCAGGACUUUAUGUCUCAUGGGACCGGACAUAAGAGGGCACAGUAUUUAUUUGCACCUUUCUUGUGAAACUAUUCUGAAGCACUUUGUAGUUACUCUAAAUAAAAAUUGAUGAGUUACAGUACUAAACUGCAACCAGUUUAACAAGAAUUCCAGACUUGCUAUUUACACAGUAUUUUUAAGUGGAAGAGCAUCUAUUAAAUUAUAGUACAAGAUACUAGAAAUGAAUGUGGGAAUCAGGUUCUGAAGAAUGGCACACAGUAGUUUAGGGCUUUACUUUUCAGGGAGGUACAAGGAAGUUUUUAUUUCUAGUGGCAUGACUCUUCAAAGUACACUGUACUUUCAUCUAGAAAAGCAUGUGAGUGUAGGUAUAUUGUCCCUCUAGUAUCAGAAUUUGUGUGGGAGACCUGUGGUUUUUCAGUAGGUGGUGUACUCCCCUGUUCUAGCAGAGAACAAGGAGAAAUAUGUUGUGGAAGGUGCCAUCUGCCAAAUGUGAUGGAAUGAAAUCAGAGUUUUAUUAAGAAUGAUCUUAUAUUCCUUUACUGGAGCAGCUCCAGUAUGGUCAGCCUCUUACAGGCUAUGAAGAGAUCAGGAAAAGAAACUUUCACUUAAUCUGAAAAUCAGCAGUAAAUCAGCUACAAAUAUUUCAUUUCUAACAGGCUGCAUAAAACAAUCUUUUCAAGAACACAUGAGCAGAACUAAAAAUUACAAAAACUACACAGAUUAGACUAAAUAAUCUGUUGUCUUUUUAAAUAUAUGCAAAUUUAAAGAGAUGUAAGAACUGAAAUUCCCCAUCACCACAUACUUGUGGCUUUGCCAAAAAUACAUUUUUGUAAUAAGAAUAAUCCACAUCCAGUUACUUUGUCUCUUCCUAAAAGUGACUGGCUCUAUUAUUAAUGACAUUAAGCAUAAUCUUUCUAAAGCUUUAAGGCUGGAAUAAAACAUUUGGUGGAAGUAUUUUAAAAACUAGGGGGUAUAAGUCAUACGCUCCUAUUUGGCUACAUGCAGAUGUGUGGGUGUGUAUGCUAAAAUAUUAUCCACAAUUUUAAACAGUUCUCUCAUAUAUGCCAGGACUGCCAUUCUAACUGCAAUUUUUGUUUGCCUCUCUAAAUUUCUGAAAUUACAGCUCAUAUGUCAGAAAAGGGAGAGACCAACUCCCUGUUAAAAAAAAAUUGCUUCUACAUUUUGAUCUCAAAAAACCUAAAAUAAAAAAAUGUCAUGAAAAAUUACUUUAAGUGAUAUAGUCUAAAAUUCCAGUAAUAAUAUUAUUUAAAAUUUUAACGAGGCUGUCUGGUAAAGCAAUAUCCUUCAGUACAUAUUCAAAAAUAUAUUAAGACAUAAUAAAUGUAAUAUAGAAGCUAACUAGUUAUAUAAGAAAAAGUUACAUCAUUUUUAAUAGCAUGUUACCAUGGUUUUAUUUGAAAAAGGGCAACAAAGAAGAGUAAAAAUACAAUUUAAUAUUGGCUUCUUUUGUACAUUUUCAACAAGAAUUGAUGACUGAGAGAGACAUUUUUCUAAAGUUAGUAGGACUCACAGUUUUGCAGGACAUUUCUAAUUGUUUAACUCUACCUUUCUUCAAGGCCUAAACAGUUUCUUGAGCAAUAUUGUUUUAUUUUAUAUGGAUUGUUAUUAAUUCCACAGGAAGAUUAUUCUUAAAUUAUUUAAAAUGUACGUUAUGAAGGCUACUCCAACUCUGAGAGAUUAAUCCUCCAUAGGAGGAAAACACCAAAGAGGUAUAGAGUGGAGAUGCACAUUUUUUGUCAUAUAUCGGGAUUUUUUGAGAUACAUACUUCUGUAAAAAUGCAGAAACCAUUUAAAAGCUUAAAUUUGGUUUUCCUUGAAGUCUGCUGUAAAAUCCUGUCAAUAUCUCUUCGAGCAAGAGCAGGCCCUUUGUAGGCUAUUUUCUGGUUCAAUUGAUCCUGAUAAGCAAGUGUGUAUUUGUAACUAUCGUAGUAUUAAAAUGUUUACAAUAAAAUUUGGGUUGUU